CCUGUCACCCACAUCGUGUCGGCAAAGCAACAAUCUCCAAUCACAUAUCGCCACCUGUCCUUCUCUUUCAUUAUUUUUUAAAACGUCAAAAAUUAAAUAAAUCAACCUGCAUCUUCCCCGCCUCGUUUCUCUCUUCACCGUCAAAAUCAACACCUCUUCUUCCCCUCGCUUCUCUGACUCUGAAUCUGUCGCCUUUCACCCUUCGCGUAUUUACAUACACUACACCACAGAUAUUUUGGGUUCUCUCUCUUUCGUUUCAUCACCGCCAGCGUCAUCAUCGCCGACGUCCGGCAACCAUUUAGGCGACGAGGUCGACCAGGCAGCUCAAAUGGCCCGCCGUCUCUUCGCCUGUUUUGGAAAAGGAAGCUCGUUCAUGUUAUCGCCGGCGAGGACGGAGAAAGGAAGUACGGCGGCGGUGGAGACCGGUGCCGGCGAGGGACCCGUGCUGGUGGAGCUUUUCUCAUCUCAAGGAUGCGUGACGUCGCCGGAAGCGGAGAUGUUGUUGUCGAGAGUUGGCCGGGGUGACUUCCAGCUGGAAGUUCCGGUGGUGGUGCUGGCUUUCCAUGUCGAUUACUGGGACUACAUGGGUUGGAAAGAUCCGUACGGGUCGAGCCAGUGGACCGUCCGGCAAAAAGCGUACGUCGAAGCGUUGAAGCUCGACACCAUGUUCACGCCGCAGGUGGUGGUUCAGGGUAGAGCUCAGUGCGUCGGGAACGAAGAGGAGCCGCUUCUUCAGACCAUAAAAGAUGCGCCAAGAUUCCCUCCUCCAACUUUCCAGGCGACCUUCCACAGACCCACAUCGGAGGCGCUACAAAUUUCGUUAACCGGAGCGCUGAGGAUAAAAAUCGAUAGCGCCGGAGCCAAUGUGAUGGUAGCAUUGUACGAGAGUGGACUGGUGAAUGACUGUCCGAAAGGAGAGAACAAAGGUCGUGUUCUCUCCAAUGACUUCGUCGUCAGAAAGGUCGAAAAGCUCUGCGCCGUCAAAGACAUUUCGCCGAAGAAGACGGUUACCGGCACCGUUCAUUUCACACUCUGGGAUGGUUUCAACACCACCAAGUGCGGUGUUGUUGUGUUCGUCCAAAACUCGUCACAUCAAAUCUUCGGUUCCCAGAACUUCAAAAUACCAGAUGAUAUAUGAGUUUAUGAUUGUACGAUCUAUGGUGACAAUCGUGGUUUUCUUUGGUUAGGAAUUUAUGUAUGUAUAGGCUGUUUUUCUUUUUAUAUAUCUUCUAAAAUUUUUUAAAAAACAAUUUUUUUUUUUUUAUUAAUGUUGAUGGAUUUAUUUUUAAUUAGGUAUAUGGAGAGACAGAUUGGAUUGAUGGAAUGAGUUUUCGUUCUCUUUUGUUUUUUUGGUGGGGAGUUCAUAUUUGGAAAUCUGGGUAUUGAAAUUGUGUGAUGCAUCUGGUUUUUAUGUUGUGAGAAGAAGAAUUGAA